GGUGAAAACCUGGGACACCCCUGCCUUUCUACUUGGCAUUGGCUUAAACUUCUUUCACUUCUCUCAGGACUGCAAGCUUGUUAUUGCUCUUGUACCAGCUAAUAGUGAGUGUGGACAAUGGCUGUGGCACUCUUGGAGGAUUGGUGCAAGGGGAUGGACAUGGAUCCCCAAAAGGCCCUGCUGAUUGUGGGUAUCCCAGUGCAAUGUAGUGACAUGGAGAUUGAUGAGACUUUGAAGGCAGGUUUACAUCCCCUGUCUGAAUACAGGGUGGCAGGCAGGAUUUUCAGGAGGGAAGACAAUGCUAAGGCAGUGCUCAUCCAAUUGGUUGAUGUUGUCAAUUAUACUACGAUACCCACUCACAUAGCAGGAAAUGGGGGUAACUGGGAAGUGAUAGUGAAACCCCGUAACCCAGAUGAGGAAUUUUUCCUUAAAAUGAAUGCCUUUCUCAAAAAUGAGGGCCGGAGAAUGGUAGAUGUGGCCAAAACCUUUGGGUUUGGCAUCAUCCCCAUGGAGGGCAUAAAGCCAGAGGCCUCAGGUGACAGCAAAGCAUUAGUUUUGCAGCCUCUGCAGGAAAAUACAUGGUACAGAAAACUCAAAGUGUUUUCAGGAACUGUUUACCCAGGUCAAAAUGAAGAGUCCUUUGAGGUCUGGAUAGAACAGGUCACUGAGAUUAUCCGUAUGUGGCAGGUGUCAGACAGAGAGAAGAGGCGGCGCCUCUUAGAGAGCUUGCAAGGCCCCGCGUUGGCCAUCAUGCGGGCACUGUUGGCUAGCGACAACUCCAUGACUGUGGAGCAGUGCUUGGACACCCUGAAUCAGAUCUUUGGAAAUAAAGAGGAUCAUAAAAUAGCUCAAUUCAGGUUCCUGCAAUCUUCUCAGAGGAUUAAAGAGAAGACAUCUGCUUUCUUGCUGCGCUUAGAGCCCCUGUUGCAGAAAGCUGUGCAGAAAAGCCCAAUGUUAACACAAAAUGCAGACAUGAUUCGUCUCAAACAUGUCCUAUCUCGGGUCUCCAUGACCCCCAGCCUCCGAGGGAAGCUUGAGCUCUUAGAUAAGCGAGGGUGCCCACCAUGUUUUCUGGAUUUUAUGAAGCUUGUCCGAGAUGAAGAGGAGCAGGAGAAUAUGAUUGUAGCAAUGAGGGAGAAACAGAGGCUAGAUGCUUUGGCAAGACAAAGGGCUGGUAACAGACAGAGUGCCCAAGUCAGUGUCCAGAAGAUUACCACCGCUUCCCAGACUGUGACUGUUAGUGAUAGUGGAAACCAGACGGCACAGCAAAUGGUACCUGUACCACUGAAGCGCAGGAGAACAAUGAGUAAUGACAUAAUGGAAGAAGGACAGAGGGAGGUUACAAACCAAGGAACUGAGACCAUCAAAAUAAAAAAUGAGUUGGGAAACGAGCAGGGGGCUGGGGAUGUGAGCCACCCCAAGCCCUAGGAAACAAAGGCUCAGGAGAUGCAUGCAUUCCUCCUCCUUGCAUGCAUCAGGCACAUCC